CUCUAAUUUUGACCCCGAUUUUAUCUCUCCUUCAAUCCUCUGUCAAAAAGCUCCGAAAAGCUCGCUCUAAUGGAAAUGAAACCCUAAGAAACAUGUCUUUGAGAAGAGCCUUUCGGUCUCGCAAAUUCUCCAAAUCGUUUCGGGAGCAAAGCCCGGAAGAGGAAGAUCAUACCACCCAGGGCCGAGGCGGCCGCUGCGACUCGGCCGAUAUGGGCGGCCGAGUCGCCGACUUCACCGACGCGUCGUCGCCGUCGUGGUCGGCCAUGCUUCCGGAGAUCUUAGUGGAGAUCAUGCGAAGAGUGGAGUCCAGCGAAGACCGAUGGCCUAAUCGCCGAAACGUCGUUGCAUUCGCCUGUGUUUGCAAGCGAUGGAGGGAUAUUGCCAAGGAGAUCGUCCCGUCCCCUUCUCGCACAGGCAAAAUCACUUUCCCUUCUUGCCUUAAACAGCCAGGGCCUCGUGAAUAUCCGCAUCAGUGCCUCAUAAGACGGAACAAGAAGACUUCUACCUUUUCCCUGUAUCUAGCUCUUACACCAUCAUUCACAGACAAGGGAAAGUUUCUCUUUGCAGCUCGGAGAUAUAGAAAUGGUGCUCAUACCGAAUAUAUAAUAUCUCUUGACGCAGAUGACCUAUCCCAAGGCAGUAAUGCCUAUGUUGGAAAGUUGAGCUCGAAUUUUCUUGGCACCAAUUUUACAAUCUAUGAUGGCCAGCAACCCCACAAUGGUGCAAAGCCGUCAAGCAGUAAGUCCAGUCGUCGUGUUGCAAGCAAACAAAUAAGCCCUCAAGUUUCAGCAGGCAACUUUGAAGUUGGGCAUGUCUCUUACAAGUUCAACCUCUUGAAGUCAAGAGGUCCAAGAAGGAUGAUUUGCUCAUUGAAUUGCCCUUGGUCUGGUGAUUCUUCUCAUGACAAAUCUGUAGUAGACGGGUCCAAUAUGAAGAAGCCUGAAUGCACUGCUUCUGGAUCCACAGUUUUGAAAAACAAAGCCCCAAGGUGGCAUGAGAAUUUACAAUGCUGGUGUCUGAAUUUCCAUGGCCGUGUAACAGUAGCAUCGGUAAAAAACUUCCAAUUGGUUGCCACCAUGGACCAAAGCCAACCUGGAGGAAAAGGAGACGAAGAAUUAGUCUUACUCCAGUUUGGUAAAGUUGGGGAUGAUACAUUUACCAUGGAUUAUCGGCAGCCCUUAUCAGCGUUCCAGGCGUUUGCCAUCUGCCUCACCAGCUUUGGCACUAAAUUGGCUUGUGAGUAAAUAAAUAAAUAUAUAUAUAUAUUUUCUAUUGUAUGUUUAUUUAAAAGACCUGAAACUGUGGACUUUGUCCACAAGUUUCUCCGUUCUUCAUCACUGAUGUUGUUUAAUUUUCUCUAAGUGUUGAUUGGAGGAGCUUAUUACAUGUAUGUAUAUGUAUGUAAGUACAUGUUGCUGUUGUAACUUGUAUGAUUAUGACAUGUCUUAUAAUAUUGAAAUUAUUUGUAGCAA